UGAAAGAGUGAGAGAGAGAGAGAGAGUGAGUGAGUGAGUGUGAUCUAUGAAAAUUGUUAAAUAUUAAUCGAGGAUCCCUUUAAUUCGGUAUGGCUUUGUUAACAUAGAAUGUAACAAAUAAUUGUUAUAUUCGUUAUUAUUGUUAAUCUUGCAUAUAUUGCGUUAUCUGAAAUUUAUCUAGAAGACAAAUAUUCUGAAUAUAUUGGUUAGAAUUGAACAUAUUUAACCUUUCAAACGCGCCAAAUAUGAGAGACUCUGGUCAAGAAGAUUCAAUAACGCACUUGAACACACAAUUAAACAAGUCCAUGGUUUUGAUGGAGGACGCCACGGAUGUCCCGCCUGAGCACCCUCGACGCAGCAAAUCCAUUAAGAUAAAUACAAAGAUACAACCACCGACCGCGAGCAACAGUCCUGUGGUUAAAUCACGUAGGAGUAUCUUGAAGAAACCCGAUAGAUCGUUCAGUGAGAAAUCAACUGACAACGAAAUUAGGCGGUCAGAUGGUGAUAUUGAGAAUUUAAGCAAUUCAUCACAGAGAUUGUUGUCGUCAGCACUUGGUCCUGCGAGACCGCGCAAUCUCCAAGAAUUGAUUCAAAAGGAAAUACUAGAUGUGGAAUCUGUAUCUCCGGAAUCUUUCGAUCUGGAUGAAGUAUCAGACAGUGAAGAGAUUUGGAUUAUGGAUAUUCCAAAAUCAAUAGAUCCAAAGGAACUUCACGGUCAAAAGAUAAUUCUGGGCGACAAAUCAAAAAUUAAAAUUCAAGAGAAACGAUAUUGCGCAGUCGCUCGUAAUAUCUCAUAUAACGUUACAUGCAUCCUUAAUACUGGAAAGGAGAAACCACUGUACAAAACUGUGAAUAUCAAACCUGUGGGUUUAUUAACAGUAAGAAGAAAAUUGUCUGGAAUGUUAAAAGUGGAGCCAAUACCUUUAGAGAACUCCAGCAUGCCUGUACUUCCUGAUGAUUUGAGAAUAAGACAUCCACUUCUUGGUGUUAAUUAUGAUGGCAAGGUUAGGAAAAAAUCAAAAAAACGCAACUCGAUUAAAAAAGAAAUAAAAUCGUAGACAUGACUUAAUCAAGGAAACCUAGAUUUUACUUCAAAAUUAAGUAGGAUUCUGGUGAUCGUGUACAAGAAAGUAUAACAUAAAGAAUAUAACAUAGAGAAAAAACAUCUCUUAAGGGAACGUUUUAUAACUGUAUUUGUUUUCCAUAUGUCUAUAUAUUAGUUUAUAACAAUGACUAUAUUAAUUAUAGAAAUAUUUGUGACAAAUAUGUAUUUAUCCAAGAGUUAUAAGAGUUAAUUAUACAAUUAUACAGAUAUAAAAAUAUAACAGGACAUACAUAUUACAAAAUAAAUAAUAGGCCCAUCGUAUAAGAUUAUUCUUUGUAAGAUUUAUUUGUCUCAGAAGAAAUAUGCAUUUGUACAGUUAGAUUGGUUUCCUAUUGGAAAUAAAGGUUAUGGUUUUCUGGACAAUGAAAGUACCGGUACUGUUCAAAUUACGGUUUCGCCUAUCUCAAAGAACAAAGCGGUAAAUUAAAAAAAUCAAUUUUUUUAAUCAACACCGCCAUUUUGUAUUUUCGAAGAAACAAAGAUUUUGCUGGUAGAGCCUUGCCUGCUGUACAUCACGUCGUACAGAUAAUAAUUACUACUUUCUGUUCAAGAGAAAAAAAAAAUUGAAAUGUGAAAUUUUCAACUGCAACAUUUAAUCACUUGUAACUUUUGAUGCGGUUAAUCGAAUUCUGCGACUUGUGCUGAGUUUGUCAACAAUCAAAUUUGAUUCAGACAUCGAACCGAACUUUUUUUCGGGCGACCUAAUACGAUGUGGUCAACGUAAAAAUUCUUUAACGUCCAAUCGAACGUAUAGCAAACGUGUAAAUUCAGAGAUAGGUUGAAAAUUGUUUGGUGGAGGGAGGGAGGGGGGAUACAUACGAAAAGAAGAAAUAAGAAGACGACUAGAACCACAACAAAGUUUCAUUGCGCAUUAUCGUAUAUUUCUCGAUUAUCUUACUGAGAGAAUUAAAUUUUAUAAUUAUAGUUUUAUUAUCUUAUUCAUUCUCUUGUAUAUGUGACGUAUUCAUUCGUUAUUCCAUCCAUGAAAGCAGCAGACACGAUCAAUAAUCCCACCACGGGAAUAACUCCAUUCGACACAACGCCGCCGUGUUGUUAUGUACACAUCGUGGUACAUCGCGCUCAGACGUCUUCUCGCAUUUUAUCGUACACACGUGUUAUCAUAUUCCCAGUCUGUUAUUUUUUUUUCUUUCUCAUUUCAGUUCGCGUAAAUAAAAUACAUUGUAAUGUGUGAAUGUAUAUACUCGUGUAUAUGUAUGUGUGCGCUCGCGCGCGGAUGUAUAUUUGUAUGCAUGGGUAUGUAGUGUGUGUGUGUGUGUGUGUAUGUGUCUUGUAUGAG